UGGCGCUGUAUGAGGGGGGGACUGGCUGCCAGAGUGGAGAUGGCGGCUGGCCGUACCGGGUCUGUGCUUGCCGCCCUGGGAGUGCUUAGUGUCUGUGCGGCCAACGGCUCUGGGCUCGUGGCAGAGGGGGCGACCGGUGGGGAGGCGGAGUGGGGGGAGCCGUGGGAUGGUGCGGUUUUCCGGCCGCCCUCAGCGCUGGGCGCGGUGGGGGUGGCGCGCAGUCCGGGAACCCAACGGCUAGGGAGGGAGGAGGCGGUGGACUUACCGGUGUUGCUGUGGUGGAGCCCAGGGCUGUUUCCCCACUUCCCGGGUGACUCGGAACGCAUCGAGUGCGCGCGCGGCGCGUGCGUGGCGUCCCGGGACCGACGGGUGCGGGGAGACUUGCGCACGCGCGCUCUGCUCUUCUACGGCACGGACUUUCGAGCGGCUGAGGCGCCGCUGCCGCGCCUGGCGCACCAGAGCUGGGCGCUUCUGCACGAGGAAUCGCCCCUCAACAACUUCCUGCUGAGCCACGGUCCGGGCAUCCGCCUCUUCAAUCUUACCGCGACAUUCAGUCGCCACUCGGACUACCCGCUGCCGCUGCAGUGGCUGCCGGGGACUGCCUACCUACGUCGCCCCGCGCCUCCGCUCCAGGAACGCGCAGAGUGGCGCCGCCGCGGGUAUGCGCCGCUGCUUUAUCUGCAGUCCCACUGCGACGUGCCUGCGGACCGGGACCGCUACGUGCGCGAGCUCAUGCGCUACAUCCCGGUGGACUCCUACGGGAAAUGCCUGCAGAAUCGGGAGCUGCCCACUCCGCGGUUACAGGACACAGCCACAGCCACCACCGAGGAUCCAGAGCUCUUGACCUUCUUGUCCCGCUAUAAGUUCCAUUUGGCCCUGGAAAAUGCCAUCUGUGACGACUACAUGACAGAAAAGCUGUGGCGCCCCAUGCAUCUCGGUGCUGUGCCUGUGUACCGUGGCUCUCCCUCCGUGAGGGACUGGAUGCCAAACAAUCACUCCAUCAUCCUCAUUGAUGACUUUGAAUCACCUCAGAAGCUGGCCGAGUUUAUUGACUUUCUGGACAAGAAUGAUGAGGAAUAUAUGAAAUACCUGGCAUACAAGCAACCUGGGGGCAUCACCAACCAGUUCCUUCUGGAUAGUUUGAAGCAUCGGGAGUGGGGAGUGAAUGAUCCUUUACUGCCUAACUACCUCAGUGGCUUCGAGUGUUUUGUCUGUGACCAUGAACUGGCUCGGCUUGAUGCUGAGAGAGCCCAUGCAGCCUCUCCUGGGGACGUCCCUGUCCCUGAGCCUCACAUUGCCCAGCCUUCACACAUGGACUGCCCAAUGCCAACACCUGGCUUUGGCAGUGUGGAAGCGAUUCCUGAGAAUGACCGCUGGAAGGAGAUGUGGCUGCAAGAUUAUUGGCAAGGUCUGGACCAGGGGGAAGCUCUCACUGCCAUGAUCCACAACAAUGAGACACAGCAGAAGAAAUUUUGGGAUUACCUAUAUGAGAUCUUCAUGAAAAGGAACCAAAAUCUCUAAUUACCCUUGUGAGAGCUUUUAACUUGGUAGAGCUGAGGAGAUGGAAGUCCUUAUUUUACCAUGGACAUGAGGGGUGUCCAGUGCAGAAACCUUUAAUGAACAGUGUUUUAUCAUGAAUUCAAAGAAUUCCAGUUGUAUCCACUGAUAUUGUAUCCUUAUGCUAUGUAGCCAGGGUUUCAGCCUGUGGUAAUAGGGCCUCUCCUCAAGGAGAGAGGAAGGCAUCCAGUUCUUGGUUUAGUGGCAAACAAAAGCCUGAAACACCCAUUUGAUUCAAGGUGCUGAUCUGACAGAAUAUUUUAAGAACUGCUUAUUUCUCUAGCCAUUUCAUCCUCUCAAUUAUGAUUGGAACAACACCUUAGUACUUGGCUACAACUGAGGUAAGACAGACCAGGUUUAUGGUCUGAAAACUUCUGCUCUGCUCUUCCUCAUACCCCUCAUUAUUCAGUACCUUUCCCAAUCUCUUUUCUGCAUCUCCUGCUUUAUAAACUAGUGGUGAAGCAGAACUCCUGGUGGGUUAUAUUCUGGUUCUCUGGGGUUGUAUUUUUUUAUAUCGAUUGCCUUUCCUGUCAAACUUUAUUUUAAACAGCUUUUCCUUUCCUAGUUUCCCACAAUUUCUGAUGAAGAUGCAACAGCCUUGCCACCACUGCCACAUUCAUUCUCCCCUGCGUUAAACUGGCUAUAGAUUUGACAGCUUUUCUUACUGCUGGUUUGCUUCUUAUCUAAGGCAUAUCAGGAAUUCCUUCUCACCUCACAAACAGAAGGAUUGAGUGGUGAAUAUAUGCCAUGUCAAUGUAAUGAAUUGUACUGCUCUAUUUUAGGUUAGAGAUGAGGACUAAGGCUGGAAAUGAUGGCAGAAAAAAAAAGUAUAUAUAUAUAUAUGUAUAUAUACACACAUAUAUAUGGUUUGACAAUUAAGUUUGCGAACUUGUUGCAAUGAUAUUGCUAACCUUUUUUGGUAUCAGAGGGAUUAUUC